AUGAAACCGCCAGAAGCGUCAUCGCCAAUGUUUGCUACAUUGGAUCCUACAGUGCUGGACACGGAAAUGAAUGGGAUUUAUCAGGAUGGCGAUAUGGAUUUCAUGAAUAGCGGCGAUUUUCAACAGCUCCCGAGUGAUGCUGGCAGGGAGUUUGACGACAUAUUCGCCCGCUCACCUGAGUCUCAGACUACCGAUCACAAUGGGUUAUACGUAUCCCCUUCCGAAAUGUCUUUUAGAAGACAACAGCAGACCGCCAACUCCCUCAAGCGCCCUCUUACCUUUUCUUUCGACUCGCCCUCAGAUUCCACAGGCGAUAAUUCGAGUCCCGGUUCGUCGGUAGAGUCAACAAGGGACCAUGCCCGUAACUCAUCUGUUGGUUCCGCCGUUCACAGUGACGGUGCGGUCAAGUAUGAAAACGACGGAUGGCCAGCAUUCAUGAAUAAAGACAACUUAUUCGGCUUGGAGAGCGAAUUUAACGGCUUCGAUACAAAGUAUUCUGACAUCGAAUCGAGUAACAGGGUCAUGGACUCGGCGUUUGACUUUGACAGUGCGGCUAGCAGUCCCAUGCCGGCUAACAAAAAUACCCCUCAGACAGCCAAGAAGCAAAAGGCUUCAACUAAGCAACUCAUGACAUCUCAUCCCGGCUCGCCGUUUUAUCCCAAUAGCUCCAGAGAAGCGUCUCCAAUGACGUCGAGGCUACACCCUAACACUCGAUCUAUUUCCUCAUCACAAUGGAGCGGCCGCUCGCCCUCUUCAAUCAUGGACGAUCCACCUGCAGCAGUCGAUGGUAAUAGCUUCUCUGCGCAUAACGCUCUUUUGCACGCAAAUACGAAUAUGACGAUCGGUCCAAAUGAUGGACAAUUUGAGGCGUCGGACUAUAUUUCUCCCUUCUACGCUAAAUCGGUGGCUCGAGUCCCUUCUCGUCCAAUCCUGCAUGUACACCCAACUUCGCUCAAGUCUCGGGUGGAAACACAAAUUCCGAUUCGACUCACUUUGUUUCCCCUUCCCGCUGGUGUCAAGAAGCUUCGCCUACCUACACAUACUAUAUCGAAACCCAAGUUCCUGGCCAAGCCUGACGUAGGACGCUCUCCGGACACCCUUGAGCUGCAUACAAGCCUCGUGUGUACUAGUGCGAUGCAAGAUAAGUCGAAACUAGAAAAGGCAUACGCAAGAGCUCGUGGGGAAGUCGUCAAGCGACGUUCAUCAACAGUCUCCACUACUGAUAUUCAGGAAGAUGAUGAAGACAAACCCCUGGAAGGCGGCGAGGUCAAGAUCUGUCAAGGGUGUAUUCAGCGUGAACGAAAGCGAGCAUCAAGGAAGAAGCAGCGGAAACCUGGCGAGGACGAACUUUUCCAAAAGGACGAGGACAAAAGAGUCAUUGUUUUCAAUACCAGCGAAAUCAAGGAAUGGGUCGAACCAGCCAAAGAAUCUACCGUGACAUACACUCCCCCUGGUGCAAUGCAAGUUGAGCUGCCUAUGCGAAUAGCUUGCUACUGUCGCCAUCAAAAUGAGAAGACAGGGUUUCAAGUCAUUCUUACCAUCAAAGAUCACUUGGAUAAUGUUAUCGCCCAAGCAAUGACCAAUUCGAUCAUGAUUACAGACGAUCACAAGACUCAUGCAGCAGGCUCGAAUUCUUCCGCAGCAGCAAAUCCUAGUGCUCCACUGACCGAUGGUACUCAACUUCCUGGUACCAGCGUGUUCAUUUCUAGUUCCUCUCACGAAUUGGCAAAGGCCCCGGUUGGAGGGCAACAAGCCAUUCGCAUCUCGCCUAGCACAGAUUCUCAAAGCCUUCCACAACAUAUGGCUUCUCAAUAUCCGAUGACAUCAGGACCCUUUGUCUCCAUGCCGCAAAAUAGCGGAACUUCAUCGGCUUCUCUCACACCACGCAACAGCUCUCGACAGACAUCUCCAUCCGAGUACGGUGGGCCUUCAAGCAAACGCCGAAAGCACAGCAAUUCCGGCAAGCUACCCACAGGAUUGACUAUGACUAGACUGGAUAGUCCCCAAGCGAGCUCUUCUAGUGGCUCCUCGGCGAACAACCAAGUUCCUCCUAACAUUCAUGGCUUUUUCUCUCCGACUGAGAGACCUUUCGCUACACCAAUUGGUGUCUCCGGUCCGUUUAGCAAUGGCCCACCAACCCCGAAUAACAAUAACGAGGGUUCAUAUUUUACAAGCGUUCAGCCGAAUUUUGACGGCCUUGCUCAACAUCACUUCAUGUCAACGCCUAGCUCGACUCAUGCAAGUCGUCCAAGUUCACCAGGAUUGACAGCAGCACGCAGUCUCUUUGAACCGGCGCACAACCUGUCUACUGGGCCAAACCCCGUCAACCAAGCUUGGCCUCACCUGACAAAUGCGGGAAAUCGGUUACCGACCAUUAUUCAUAAGCUUGUUCCAGCUGAAGGCUCAACAACCGGAGGGACAGAGGUCACACUUUUAGGCAGUGGGUUUUACCCGGGUAUGGAGGUUGUCUUUGGCGAUACUCUGGCCACAACAACCACAUUCUGGGGCGACAAAUGUCUAAACUGCCUAACACCACCCGCUUUGCAACCUGGUCUUGUCCCAGUUGUCUUCAAACAUGAACACCCUACGUUUGGUCAGGUGCCCCAGGCACAGCCAAUUCUUCCUAAGCAACAACACUUCUUCCGAUAUGUAGACGAUCGGGAGCUUCAGAUGUACAGAUUGGCAUUGAGUAUUCUAGGCCAGAAGUUACGGAACCCGUCAGAUGCUUUUCAGACCGCCCAACGGAUCAUGGGAGGCGAUCAGGCUGCAUUGUGGAACCUACAAAAUGACAUUCAAGGAGGUAGCAGUGGACAAAGGCAGAUACCUAACCUCAAUGUCCAAGGCCAGACGAGCGACCUGGACUCAAGGAUGCUUACCUAUCUAGAGUUCAUUGAUCUGGAUGACAGCCCUCGUGCUCCGAGGUACAACAUGAAAUCAUCGACUGGCCAAACGUUGCUGCACUUUGCUUCAUCAUUGGGUUUGACAAGAUUCGUAGCUGGACUUUUAGCGAGAGGUGCAAAUCCGGAUGUUCAAGACAAUAAUGGCCACACACCGAUGCACUUCGCCGCUUUGAGCGGACACGCUCAUAUUGUCCACCGUCUCAGACUUGCGGGUGCCGAUGCUAUGGCACGAAGCAUCCGAGGAUUCACAUCCGCAGAUAUUGCGACUUCCCUGCCCGCUCAUCAAGCCGCGGUUAUCCCUGCUCGUCACUACCGGUCUCGGAGCGUUGGCUCUUCACCCUCUCUGCGUCGUCGUCCUAGUAGCUCAGCAUCAUUGAGUUCGUUCUGGGAAGCUUCUUCAGCAUCCGAAUCUUUCAAUCUUACUCAGGAACAGUCCGAUGAUGAAGAGGCAACUGAAACGGAUGAGGAGGAGUUGAAUGUGUAUAUCUCGUCUUCACGGCGUUCGAGUGUCCACCAAGAUGUCGGACCUUCAUUAUACUAUACCCGUUCUCGUGAAGACAGUGUACCGGCUGAUAGUGUCAAUCCGGAAGUCACGGCAGAUGAUGAGACAUCGACCGGAGCUAAUACGGCUCCACCCGCUUCUCUAGUUGCAUGGCGCAAUCAACUUGCAACUCAAAUCAAUCAAUUCCAGCAAAGCGUUGGCAGAGCAUUCCCCAACCUUCCUGCUCUUCCGCCAAUGCCACCGAUGCCGGCCCUUCCUGAUUAUCAGGCGUAUCCUAUGAUGCGGCGCAUCAGUAACCUUGUUCCUCAUAGACCCGGGUCCUCUUGGUCCUCAAAGGAUGGGUGGUGGGAGAUGUUUACUGGAAACUCUUCACCAACCGCCACGAACGAGCCACCUGCAUACGACGAGUUGUACCCACAUCAAGAGGCCGACGAAGAUCGAGAUCUUGAGCUCAAGAAGACCUCGUUGCUUCGGGCAGCAACAGACGCAGCGCUUGAUCAGCACUUUGAAGAUCAUGCUGGUCCGUCUAACUCCAAUGGGGAGACGGAGGAAUCGGAAGAGGAACUCACCGACAUCCGGAUUGGGCGUAAGACUGUCAUUUCUCGUCAGCAACAGGAGCAAUUGAAAAAGCAACAAGCUCGCAAAAUGAAGGGACUUGCAAAGGAUAAGAAUCUCUACUUCUUUUGGAUCCCAAUGUUGCUUCUCUUCUUAGGGCUAUGGCUUCGAAACUUCGUACCGGGUCUAUGGCAAGGUAUUUCCGAGGGAUAUGAGUUUUUCAAAACUCGUUACAUACAUCGUGCUAUUGCAGCAACGCCAUAG